UUUCACCUAGCGCACUCUCUGAGCUUACCGCCGUCUCAUCUGCAGAUAAGUGUGUACCUCUUAUUUCUUAUCAAAUUCCAUAUCUCUUUUGUGUAAAUACAAUUCUGUUCCAGUCACACUUGCCAUCUCAAGUCUUUUAACCUUGAUUCCGUUUGUUAGUACUUGCACGUUAGGCAGAGUACUAUUAAGGCCAUAAGCGGUGAAUAAGUUUUGUAAGAGUAGUUACUUUUAGGUCGAAGUUAAUACCAAGUCUAACUCUUACAAGUGGUGAGCCCGAAUUUUCACCGUUGCCUACUUUUUAGCCUAGCGUGUAAAUAGUCCUUUUUCAUAUUGGUAAUUUGUUUGUCAUACAGAGUUGUAAAUUUUUAUUUGCCUUGUUUUUACUCGUAUUUUUUGUUGUUAUCAUAUUUGUUGUCAUUUUAUUAAUAUAUCGUCUCGUGUGCAAAAUGACUGACGCCAGUCCCGCCUCAGAAAUGGCUAUUACCUUGCAACUCCCCACCUUCUGGACUCAGCAUCCUGCCCGAUGGUUCGAACACAUCGAGGCUAUGUUCGCACUUCGUAAUAUACACUCACAGGAGACUAAGGUGAACCUCGUUAUAGUAAGUCUUCCUGAGCACGUCAUGGAAGAUGUAUCUGAUGUCCUUGCGGACCGAUCCCCGGGCUUGUACGAGCGUCUCAAGCAGGCGCUUAUUAAGCGCGUGGCACUUACCGAACAACAGAAAGUGCAGGAGCUAUUCCGAGAUGUCCACCUAGGUGAUAGAAAGCCCACCCAACUGUUACGUCAAAUGAGGCAGUUGGUGGCCGACUUCAAAAUAGAUGAUGCCUUCUUGAAACAGCUGUGGUUACAACGGUUACCCCAGACAAUUCAGACUAUUUUAGCCCCAAUCAACCAUUCCCCCUUAUCUGAGCUAGCUGAGGCAGCCGAUAGAGUAGUAGAGACUACUACAUCAAACAUGAGUAUCUCGGCUGCCGUUACCGCUAGUUCCACGCAGACUAGGACCUCCUCUGCCGUGGAGUCAUCCAACGUUGAUGUGGUGGCUCACCUCAAUAAGCUGUACGAAGAGAUAGAUAAGUUAAAACUCGAUAGGAGAUCUAGAGGUCGUUCACAUAGCCGCACCAGCUCGAUUCGUGGCAGAUCUUCGUCACGAGCUGGCAGCAGACGUCGUAGGCCUAAAAAUUCCCAGCCUGGAGUGUGCUGGUAUCACCGGCGUUAUGGUGAUAAGGCCCAAAAGUGCACUCGCCCGUGCACCUUUGAUGGCCAGCAAUCGGGAAACCUGUAAGCCAGCACGUAUUGGCGACUAACGUCGC